AAUUGUUUGAGUAAUUAAUUGUACAUAGACUGACCCAAUCCUUAACCGUGACAGAAACGUUUUUACACUUUCACAAUAAAAUAAAACGUCCCUAAAACUGAGGUUUUGUGACAUACAGCUCACUUUUAAGGACAGAUCUGUACAGUUAAACAUAUAUAUUCACGUUAUAUAGGGGGGUAAUAAUGAUGAACAAAAUCUAAGUCAAUGUCGCCACCGUGCGGUGGGGAGAAACAUUACUAUAGGUUUAUUGCGGGACAUGAUGCGUGACAUCCAUGAAAGACAGCCUACGAUGUUUCACACGUGAUCGUGAUAUAUGUAGUGAGGAGAAAGUAUAAAUCCACGAAAGAUUACAUUAAUCUGUCACGAGUAUGAACUGCAUGACAUUUAUCACGAACAAACGAAAUCUACGAUACAAAAUAGGCCAAUGAAUACGAACGGCUUCCUUUCAAAAAAAUAAAACUAAAUUAAAUUAUAGAACAAAAAUGUGGCGAACGUAAUAAAAGGGCGUUUUUAUAAUUUAAGCUCCACACGAAGAAGUUGCAGAGUUUGGCUACAGAAGAAAGGCAGAAAUACAGAGAGGGCUGCCACACAGUAUCAGUAAGACGACGCAAGCAAGGCGUUUUCUUUUAAAACCUUGGAUUUUGCAGUAAAACAAAACAAGCACGCGAUGACCAGUGCAAUACAGUUUAUGCUGUUGUUGAGUAAAUGCUUGUUUGCAUUUAAGAAGUCCUUGAGAUGUCUUACUUUUUCAUUAUCAUUUUGCCAAUAUUUUGACAGGUUCAUUCUCCGUUCACUUUCUUUGCCUCGGACUCCGACUGCCUGACAUCUCUUUUGUGUUUCGCGUAAGAAAAGUCAGGCAGGUCCGUUAGAGCGAACGAUGACAUAAUUGUCACGUUUGGGUGAACUACCCCUUUAAGUCGCUAGUAAAAUGACAGAUGCGGUUAGCGGUUGUGUACGGACGGAGUCGGUAAAUAAGUGUCUGUGAAGGGGUGACGUCAGAGGUGGAGAUGUCAUGGCGUCGUCGGAGCUGAGACUGGAGCUUGCCAUCUAGUUAAAGGUUGUCGUCGAUGCGUUCAGCAAAAUGGAGAAGAAUGCAAACCCCCAUCGAGACGCGGGAGGAAGUGUCCUGUGCGCCGCUAUCCCCGCAGAAGCCGCGGAUAUCAAAACGGUGGGCGGAAUGAAAGAUGUCUGCGAGAAGAGAGAGACUUUGAGUACUUGUGCAAGUGCUAGCGGUGCUAAUGCUACACCCUGCACACAGACAUCAGAUGCUGCCGAGACAGUAAUCGAGAGCGUUUCACCGGAGACGCUGUCCGCGACGGAUCAGCUGAGCAACGGGAUGGGAUUCGAAGCGUCGACGGCCGCCGCUGGGAAUAAGGAGGGAGGCACCUCAAAGUUAGUAAACAACCUCGCGGGAGAGCAAGCCGACAUCAGUAACGUGCAAGCGGACGGUUCGGAUGGAGCGAAGCCGGCCAAGUCUGCUUAUUUGUGCUCGGACAAAGCAAAAUCGGCGAGCUCGAAUUCAAACGAUCACACCGUUUCCGAGGGUCCUCCGAGCGGGAGCGAGCCCAGCAUCGCGGGGGAGUCCCGCAGCUUCGAUUCACUGGAGUCCUUCUCCAACCUCAACUCCUGCCCGAGUUCAGACCUCAACAGCGAGGGGCUGGAGGACAAGGGACUGGCUUUGGCGAUUCAGAGUGAAUACGGCGCGGAGGCAACCAAAAUCCCCUGUCCCAAAGACAGGGCGGCUGGUCAGUCGCUGUACCACAUCAAGUGGAUCAAGUGGAAGGAGGAGAACACGCCUAUCAUCACACAGAACGAGAACGGGCCGUGUCCGCUGCUGGCUAUUAUGAACGUCCUGCUAUUGUCGUGGAAGGUCAAGCUGCCACCAAUGAUGGAGAUAAUAACAGCAGAGCAGCUGAUGGAAUAUCUAGGAGACUAUAUUCUUGAAGCCAAGCCAAAAGAGAUCUCGGAAGCUCAGCGGCUGAACUACGAACAGUGGAUACACAGAUGCUGUAACCACAUCAUUCUAGGGGGAAAAAAAACAUACACGACUGUUCAAAAGUUUGUGAAUAUGAGUGAUGCUAUGGCAGUGCUGCAUAAACUGCAGACAGGUCUGGAUGUGAACGUUAAGUUCACGGGUGUUCGGGUGUUCGAAUACACACCCGAGUGCAUCGUCUUUGACCUGCUGGAUAUCCCGCUCUACCACGGGUGGCUGGUUGACCCACAGAUGGCUGAUAUAGUUAAGGCGGUGGGGAACUGUAGUUAUAACCAGUUGGUAGAGAAGAUAAUCAGCUGUAAGCAGUCAGACAACAGCGAGCUGGCCGGGGAAGGUUUUGUGGCAGAGCAGUUUCUGAACAGCACGGCGACUCAGCUGACAUACCACGGCCUGUGUGAACUCACUUCUACCGUACAAGAGGGAGAACUGUGUGUCUUCUUUAGAAACAAUCACUUCAGCACCAUGACCAAAUUUAAGGCCCAGCUGUACCUGCUGGUAACGGAUCAGGGCUUUCUCACUGAGGAGAAGGUGGUUUGGGAAAGUUUGCAUAAUGUCGACGGAGAUGGAAACUUCUGUGACUCUGAGUUCCAUCUGAGGCCGCCCUCUGACCCGGAAACUGUCUACCGUGGUCAGCAAGACCAGAUCGAUCAGGACUACCUGAUGGCACUGUCCCUACAGCAGGAACAGCAGGCUUCAGACCUGGGUUGGGAACAGAUCCCAGAAGGCAUCAGUGAUCUAGAGCUUGCCAAGAAGCUGCAGGAGGAGGAGGACCGCAGAGCGUCACAGUACUAUCAGGAGCAGGAGCAGGCACAGGCAGCGGCAGCAGCGGCUGCACAGGCACAGCGGGUGCUGACCAGGUGGAUAGAGCGGCAGCUUCUGGAGCCUCAGCGGGGGGAGCCACGGCUUCUCCAAGCCCAGGCAAACAGCCCUCAACGGGGGAACGCAAACCCAAGAAAGAAGCCAAGGACAAAGACAAAUGCAUCUUGUUGUAACAGCAGUGGAAUCUGUGUGGAGUACGAAACGGGCAGCAGUUUAAUUCCAGUGGCUCUGCAAUGCAUCUCCCAGCGUGAGGUGGAGAAAGAAUAGGCGACAGAGAUGAAGUGUGACAGACGGAGAGGACUUGCCAUUCUCAAGCCACUUGUGCCUGACUUUAACCCUCAGAGUUCUGAAGAUGCAGACAAGAAGAGAGGGGUGUCACUACAAGGACUAUCACUACAUCUUUCGUAGAGCUGGCCAAAUGUUCUCAGCAGGAAAUCCACUGCAGUGCACUAUAUUUGUGUGGGGUCACCAGGGAGGGUGUUUUUUUGUAGUAAAACAAGGUAAUGUACACAUAGCACUAGGCAAAAAAGUACCCCCUCCCUCCAAAAACAACAACAACAAAAAAAAAAACAAAUGAGAAAAAAAAUGGCACCACUCUUUUUCAUUAUACAAAGCGUUUUCUUUUUUGUGUUGAUUUCCGUUAUUGCUGUUGUUUAUAAGCUCUUUUAUACCAGUUUACCCGUAUAUAUGCAUAUGUAGAUUUGUUGUAUCGGUCAGUUUAUGUUGUUUGACUGAAGGUUAUCUGAGAUCUUUUCAUGAAAGGCCGUUCACAUGAGCAGGUAGCAAGCCAACAGGUCGCUUGGCAAAGGUUAUGUCUCAGGACAUGAUGUAGACCACCUUAGUUCUUUGCCUGGCAGUUUGAUGCCAAAUCUUUCAUUGAUGAUCCUUUUUAGAGAGUGAGAUCUUGAUAAAACAAAUGCAUUGAAAAAGGGUUUCCUUAUUAGGCAGUUGAAAAUCCAGUUAUAUAGAUGUGUAUACAAAAACAUUAUUAUUUCCAGUAGGACAAUAACUGUUAAUAUCUGUGAGCGACUGACACUACCAUUUAAUGUAAAUAUUUUUUAAAUUUCGAAAUCAGUAGGUUAUAUAAAAAUACAUGGCCAAGUUUUUGCUUCGCCCCACCCCUUUUACAUUUCAGCCAAAUGUCUGGUUCAUAUUUGCCUUAUAAGAUGAAGCAUAUGAUUAGGAUCAUUGUCCAUGAAUUUGGCUUUGAUCAAUUAACUACAGUGUUAUUGCCCCAAAAACCAAAUGGUCGUUGUAAAGAAAUCGCUUGCUUUCCUCCCGAUAUCGGUUUUACGAAGGGGCGACGUCGAAACUGAAAUAUGGAGAGCAGGUUGGCUGAUUUCUGACCGAGAUAACAAGAGGAAGUUUAACACUUUUGUGUUAAUCGUCCAAGUGGACACCGGGGCGAUAGUCUGCAAAUGGCUGAACGCCGGCCGGAGCGAACCGAUAUAUCGGUCUAUCGCUAGGCCUAGCUAUAAACUUCGCACUCCUUCAUGUACAUUGUACAUAUUCAUUUACACUAUAUGGAUGUAAUGUAGGAAAGGAUUACUCAAGCCCAUUCUGUUCCAGUGCUGCCUCCUGAGAGACAAGGUCUUUUCUAUCCAAACAUUCCAGCUAUAUGCCUUGAACUGAGCAUUGUACUGAGCGUUACACUCAGAGAAGCGCCAACGUUGGGCUAUUUUACCUGUUGUUCUGCUCUCGCAAUGCAAGAAUGAACAACUCCUGCAUUGUAGAAAAGCCUCGUGAUGGUGUAGUCAGUCGAACAGACAGUUCGAUUGCUGUUGGUUAAAUAGGAGCACAGUAGCUGCUGUUUAUGCUAGUCGUGGGCUGGAGCUGUUCAUUUGACGUUUGGUCCCCCAGUGGCCAAUACUCUCUGUAUAUAAAAAGCCUUACAAUAUUUACAGUAUCUUUUAUACCUACAAAAGUAGGUGAGAGACGAGACUGAGACAAUCUGUAGACCUUACCAUAGACAGAAAACCGCACAGGCCUUCACAGAAGGAACAUAUCCAUGAGUGUCUUGCAAACAGUUUGACGUGUGCUAUCCCACUUGGUAAUGGAUAUAAACUAUGUCAAAUGUGAAAGACAGGGUUUCAUUUGAAAUAGCACCCUUUGUUAAGGCACGUUCACACCAGAACUGUUGAAAAAUUGCGACACUACCACAAAGUUUCAUUGAAUGGGGGAAUAGAGAGGUUACAUGUUCCAAAUACAAUAUUUUAAGCGCUUAAAUCAGUUCAGUUCAUUGUGGCCCAAGCUCAUUUACUCGUAAUUCGAUGAAAUGACUGGAUUUCUUUGACGUUUUAGAUAAUGUUCAUCCUUAGAAUAGAUCCAGUUAAGUUCUAAUGUUAUCUGUGGAAGCAAUCUUCUUUGCCUCCAAAAUUUAACACAGGAAAAAAACUGAUUAAGCCUACUAUAAAUAUGGUCAAUGUAACAACAUUACACGUUAAUAUUUACUUCAAACUUACAGUUUCUUCAAAACUUCAAAUAUACAGUUGCUGCUACUGUCUGUCCAACCUAAACCAUCAGAGCAGGUUCUUAACAGCAGUUUAUUUGAAACCGUUGCAAGCUACAUGAACAAUGUGAUCUUUGAGAUAAAAGGAUGUCGCAAAUCUUUUUCAGCGGUUCUGGUACACUCCAAGAACGAUAACUAUAGAGACCUUAGGCAGGGUAGGCAGAGCUCAUGUCAUUACGAAGUAGCCUACAGUGGAUUGUACUGUUGUUCAACAGCACAAAAGUUCAGCUGACAAAAUGUCUUUACACGAAGGAAAAAGUUUAAAAUCUGUUCAGAAAGUUGUUAGUUGUGAAAAUUACACAAUGUAGUACCUUUGUACAGUGUGUCAUUGUAAAAAUUGUAAAUCUACCAUGCACAGCCUCGUUUUUAUCGUCGAUACAGAUUUUAACAAUACAGAUUGUGUCAAAGCUCUGAACAGCAUCAAAUAGGAGAAUUGGGUUAUAGUAAUGUGUAAUGACAAGAUUUAACGCUUAGUUUUUAUUCAAAUGCAGAGACGGUCUGCGUAAUCAUAUCGACGAUCGCUAGAAAUUAAGUGUCCCCAAGAGGCGAAAACAGGGAAGAAACCAAAACUCCAUCCGUGAGAGAAUGGAGGAAAAGAAAAAAAAACGGCUCAGUUGGGGGCCAGUACUCUGGCCAGAUGAACCAACAAUUAAUUUCCAGUUAAAUUUUAAAUGCAGCUAUAACAAUGUUUUUUAGAAUCACGCUGUGGUAAAGAAUAAAAUGCUUGCAAUUUUGUUUUUAAAUUUUAAGCAUUCUUAAGCUAAAAAACAUUCUGAAAUUCCAUUUUUUUCUCUGGAAUAAUCAGUUGUCAUAGAAUUUGGAAAGCUUUUUAAAACUUUAUAGUUAUCGUCCUUGAUAUGAACAGCCCUAUAAACUUUAUAAAUGCAACUAUAAUUUCAACUCCAAAUAGUGCUUCUAAGAGAUUAUUAUUUAAUGUAAUGAUUAUUUAAGUUGGUACCUGAGAUUAAUGGGUUGACAUACUAAUGUUCAGCCAGAAAGUGCACAACAGUCUGUUGCUGUGUAUUUGUCAUGUUUUCAUCAUCCCCUAGAAGGUACACUAUAACAUCUAGGGUUAUACAUUCACCAUGGUUUUACACUACUCAAACUAUACAUUUACAUUCAUUAAUAUCAGUGAGCUUCUUUCACCUCUGCAACCGGUGUCAUGGUAGAAAGCACAAGCUAUUCACUAUAGAGUUGGGAGAGAAAUGUCUUAAAGGGUCUGUACUGGGGUUGGCGCGGUGAAAUGGGAUGAUAAUGAGUAAAGCAUCCGUUUUCAUCAAGCUUGGGAAAACAAAAGGUUUCAUUCUGAGACUUAGGUUCUGAUUCAAACACUUCCUCAACUGUUACACUUGCAGGUCAGGUUAAAUAUGGACAUUCCAAGGUGCUUUUGAUCAGUGGCAUGUCUGGUAAAGGAGUUAUUAAGGACAAUGUGCAACAGACUUCUCCAGCACACAGAAUUAUACCCACUGUGCAUUAGUUUGUCAUUUGUAUUGAUUGCCAAUAACUAUUCUUCUGUAAUGUGCUUCAGCUUCAACCAUUUGCUUCGAAACUGAUCUUGUUAAUUGCAUAUGUAUAAAUUGUCACAAGAACAUACAUGUUAGUCGGAUACAUACUGAAAUGUCAUAUUUAUAGAAAGGGGAAAAAGUGGAGUUUGAGGGUGCAAUCUUCAUAUAGAAAACAGAAAGGCCAUUUCAAAGAGUAAAUAGAUGGAAAGUGGCUUCCAACUGUUUAAUAUACUUAGCUAAAGCUAUUAUUGACCUCCAAAUAAUAUCAGUAAAUAUUCCAAGGCCUUGUUUGCUCAGUUGGCCGUUGGUGUGCAGCACCCAUUGAAGCUCCAUUAUAGGUCCUAGACCAUUUUAGUUCUUUAUGCACUGUUACAUUGAAUGCACUAGAUGAGAAAUAUACCUCUUUUUAUACAAAAUCAGAAUCACCAGAGUUUGUCUGGUUACAGCUGAACCUGAUUCGUAACACUCAAUAAAUAUCACUUUUGCAAUAAGGCUUAUACUUAUGGAGCUUAAAGAACUGAACGUUAUAAAGGAACUUUCUAAUGGUUCAGUUUCACACUAAAUGCUGCCAUUUAGACGUAACGUUUCUUGCCCUUCCAGAUAGGGAAUGUUUGCAAGACUUCUCAUGAAUAUAAUUAGAUGUUUUCAUAUCUUAGUGCCAUCAUGCGAUAUGGGAAUGAAAGCAACAAAUGAUGAGAGAGCUUUUGACUGAGUUGAUCCAUGUUGACAGGGCAUUACCAAGGUUGACCAGGGAGGGUAACGGUCUUCUGAUUUCCAAGAAAUAUUUAAAUGCCACACGUUACACACUUGCAGACAUGCUUUCUGCCAAUGAUGGGAACUGGAAAGUUUUCUCCUGGUGCAUUUGUCUUGUUAAUAUUACCGGGUCAAGUCCAUGAUGGAAAUGCAGUUGUGAUGCAUGUUUAACAAUUGAAUAUAACAUGUGCUUCUAAAUCAUUUUAAGAACCAGUCCCAUUACAAUUUCUAUUUUAUAUCCUUUAUACGUGUAUAUUUACACAAAACAUUUUAACUUAGCAAAAAGAAAAAGGACAAAAAAAAAAAAAAAUCUGGAUAUUAUAAGGGUCAACCUUCCAUUGUGUGCAAGGUUCAUUAAUGACCAAAAACAUUUAUGUAGCCCAACAGUGUCAAAAAGUAGAUGGACAACUUUUCUGUAACAAAUGCCUUAGACGAGAGACAAUACGUCUGAUUAAAGGAAAUCUGGUCCGUGA